UGUCGCACACACCCCCUCCGCCCCGCGCGCCGGCAGUUCCAGCCUGCGAGGCGAGGCUCCCAGCCCCGGGCUGCGCCGGCUCCCAGUGCCAGGGGUUGGGGCUCAGGAUGGCGGCGGCGGGGUCCUGGCGGCCGGGCGCGUAGGCGGCAGGCGUCAUGGAGGCGGAGCAGCGGCCGGCCGCGGGGGUCGGCGAGGGGACGACCCCUGGGCUGGAGGCGGUGCCUCCCACAGCUCCCACGCCGACCGCCGCGGCCUCGGGUCCGACCCUUGGGUCCGCGUCCGAGCCGAAGAGGAGGCCGCUCGGGACUCUGCUGCAGCCCACGGUCAACAAGUUCUCGCUUCGGGUGUUCGGCAGCCACAAAGCAGUGGAAAUCGAGCAGGAGCGCGUGAAAUCGGCGGGGGCCUGGAUCAUCCACCCCUACAGCGACUUCCGGUUUUACUGGGACCUGAUCAUGCUGCUGUUGAUGGUGGGGAACCUCAUUGUACUGCCUGUGGGCAUCACUUUCUUCAAAGAAGAGAACUCUCCCCCUUGGAUUGUCUUCAAUGUCCUCUCUGAUACUUUCUUCCUACUGGAUCUGGUGCUCAACUUCCGUACGGGCAUUGUGGUGGAGGAGGGCGCUGAGAUCCUGUUGGCACCUCGGGCCAUCCGCACACGCUACCUGCGUACCUGGUUCCUGGUUGACUUCAUCUCCUCCAUCCCAGUGGAUUACAUCUUCCUGGUGGUGGAGCUGGAGCCCCGGCUGGACGCUGAGGUCUACAAAACAGCUCGGGCCCUGCGCAUUGUUCGCUUCACCAAGAUCCUCAGCCUACUGCGGUUGCUCCGCCUCUCCCGCCUCAUCAGAUACAUACACCAGUGGGAGGAGAUCUUUCACAUGACCUAUGACCUGGCCAGCGCUGUGGUUCGCAUCUUCAACCUCAUUGGGAUGAUGCUGCUGCUCUGUCACUGGGAUGGCUGUCUGCAGUUCCUGGUCCCCAUGCUUCAGGACUUCCCUCCCGACUGCUGGGUCUCCAUGAACCGCAUGGUGAACCACUCGUGGGGCCGCCAGUACUCCCAUGCCCUGUUCAAGGCCAUGAGCCACAUGCUGUGCAUUGGCUAUGGACAGCAGGCUCCUGUGGGCAUGCCUGACGUCUGGCUCACCAUGCUCAGCAUGAUUGUGGGCGCCACAUGCUACGCCAUGUUCAUUGGCCAUGCCACUGCUCUCAUCCAGUCCCUGGACUCUUCCCGGCGCCAGUACCAGGAGAAGUACAAGCAGGUGGAACAGUACAUGUCCUUCCACAAGCUGCCCGCUGACACCCGGCAGCGCAUCCACGAGUACUACGAGCACCGCUACCAGGGCAAGAUGUUCAAUGAGGACAGCAUCUUGGGGGAACUGAGCGAGCCGCUGCGAGAGGAGAUCAUUAAUUUCACCUGCCGGGGCCUGGUGGCCCACAUGCCACUGUUUGCCCAUGCCGAUCCCAGCUUUGUCACUGCGGUUCUCACCAAGCUGCGCUUUGAGGUCUUCCAGCCGGGGGACCUUGUGGUGCGGGAAGGCUCUGUGGGCAGGAAGAUGUACUUCAUCCAGCACGGGCUGCUCAGUGUGUUGGCACGUGGCGUCCGGGACACCCGUCUGACUGAUGGAUCCUACUUUGGGGAGAUCUGCCUGCUGACACGGGGCCGGCGCACGGCCAGUGUUCGGGCUGACACCUACUGCCGCCUCUACUCCCUAAGCGUGGAUCACUUCAAUGCCGUGCUUGAGGAAUUCCCGAUGAUGCGCCGGGCUUUUGAGACUGUGGCCAUGGACCGGCUGCGCCGCAUCGGCAAGAAGAAUUCCAUACUGCAGCGAAAACGCUCAGAGCCAAGUCCAGGCAGCAGCAGUGGCAUCAUGGAGCAGCACCUGGUCCAACACGAUAGGGACAUGGCCCGAGGUGUUCGGGGCCUGGCCCCAGGCACAGGAGCUCGGCUCAGCGGGAAACCAGUGCUGUGGGAGCCACUGGUUCACGCGCCUCUGCAGGCAGCUGCUGUGACCUCCAACGUGGCCAUUGCCCUGACUCACCAGCGGGGCCCUCUGUCCCUUUCCCCCGACUCUCCAGCAGCCCUCCUGGCUCGUUCUGCUCGGCGCUCAGCAGGCUCCCCAGCCUCCCCGCUGGUGCCUGUCCGAGCUGGCCCUCUGCUGGCACAGGGGCCGUGGGCAUCCACCUCCCGCCUGCCUGCCCCAUCCGCUCGAACCCUCCAUGCCAGCCUUUCGCGGGCAGGGCGCUCCCAGGUGUCCCUGCUGGGCCCUCCUCCAGGAGGAGGUGGACGUAGGUUAGGACCUCGGGGCCGCCCGCUCUCAGCCUCCCAACCUUCUCUGCCUCAGCGGGCGACAGGUGAUGGCUCUCCUAGGCGGAAGGGCUCAGGAAGUGAGCGCCUGCCCCCCUCGGGGCUCCUGACCAAGCCUCCAGGGACAGCCCAGCCACCCAGGCCACCAGUGCCAGAGCCAGCCACCCCCAGGGGCCCCCAGCUCUCUGCCAAUAUGUGAAACCCUUGGUUACACAGGCCUUAGCUCGUAGGGUGCAACAGUAUGUGCCCAAGGGCAGACGCCUCUUGGGGAAGGCCCAGAGGACUCAAAAGGCUGCCCUGUGGGAGUGCCUCCCUUAUCACCAUGAAGAUGUUCUCUGUAUCCUAAGCUCAAACAGCCACAGCUUGUCUGACAUCUUAGUCCAUUCACCCAUCUGUCCGGUGUACCGAGCCCACACGGUGAAGGCAUCGUGCUGGGCACUGUAUGUCUCCACUGCCAAAUAGAAGAGACUCAGAGCCCUCUGCCCAGGGUACUUCCUGGCCCUGGUCCUGCCCGGUGCAGGCCUGGGCCCCUGACCCUUCCCUUUACUAAGCACAAGUACUUGCCACCGCCAUCACUGCCAAGUAACUAGAUGUUUCUGUUCCCUGGCGAUGGCCCUACAGGGCCAGCCUGGUGUGGUUAUCUUCCUGUCCCUUUAGUGUAGUUGGGUACUGUCAACUACCUGUGCCUCCAUUGCUGCCGACAAAUGUCUUGGGUCCUGAGUGUGGGCAUCCACCUUUGGCUUCCCACUGCCACCUGUGGACCCUCCGAGUCUACACCCUCUGAGUGGGAACACGCAUCUGUCUGUGUGGUAGGACUCUCUUUGCCUAAGCUAGGAGCCGUCUCUUCCCUGUGGCCCAGCCCCUGUGGUGUCCUCCCCUGAAGCUAAGGGACAGCUGGCACCUCCUUAGUGUGCUAACCUAGAUUCCCUCAGGUGGGGGUAAGUAGCUGAACCCUGAUGUGACCUUUUCUUUGUCUUAUUCAGUUAUUUAUUUUGUUCACCUAUUUACCUGACCCGCCAUGCCAGCUUCUGUGGUCUUCGACAAUGCCGUCAGCAAUAUUCGAACCCUCUCCCUAUGUAGGUAAGGGCAGGAGGGGCUGCCUGAGAAGGGGAGGAAGACAUUUUCACUGAUGGGUUUUUCCCUUCUGGGUCUGCUGCUGGUGCAGGAGUAAGGGGAGGGCCCGAGGUAUCCAAGCCUGGGGAAGGGCAGCCCAGCCAGCCCCUCCACCUUCUCAGGGACAAGAGUAAUCCCUGACCCACCCCUCUGUCCCCUCUCCUUUUCUGCAGCAUCAAAGAAUGUGGGUGCCAGGGCCCUAAAUCUCCUUUCUUUUUGGGGGAGAGUUCUGGGGUUCUUGGUGUAUGGGAGAAGUUUUAUUAUUGUUCUCAAACAGCUGAGUUUAAAAAGAAAAUAGAUACCCAUUUUGGCUCCUGGUUUAUGUGUGGGAAUAAAGUGGGUAUGAAGGAAUUUCUGGGUGCAGGAGGGGACCCCGGACCCAGCUAGGCUUGA